AUGUCGAGCAUCACCCUCCAGACGUACGCAUCACGCGCGGCCAAGCAGCCCAACGCCGCCGCCAAGGCGCUGCUCGAGUGCAUCGAGCGCAAGCAGUCCAACCUGUGCGUCUCGGUCGACGUGACCAACAAGCAGGACCUGCUCGACGUGUGCGAUGCCGUCGGCCCAGACGUGUGCCUGGUCAAGACGCACAUCGACAUUGUCGAGGAUUUUGACAUCGACCUCGUCCAGCAGCUCACCGCGCUCAGCCAGAAGCACGACUUUCUCAUCUUCGAGGACCGCAAGUUUGCCGACAUUGGCAACACGGCAAGCCUGCAGUACUCGUCGGGCGUGCACAAGAUUGCGUCGUGGUCGCACAUCACCAACGCGCAUCUGGUGCCUGGACCGGGCGUCAUCAGCGGUCUCGCCAAGGUGGGCCAACCGCUCGGACGCGGCCUUCUGCUGCUCGCCGAGAUGAGCUCGGCAGGCGCGCUCACCAAGGGUUCCUACACGCAGGCGUGUGUCGACGAGGCCAAGAAGGACACCACCGGCUUUGUCUGUGGCUUCAUCGCCAUGUCGCGCGUCGACGAGCGCGAGGGCCCCAACACGGAGCGCGACCUGCUCAUCCUCACACCGGGCGUCGGCCUCGACGUCAAGGGCGAUGCCAUGGGCCAACAGUACCGCACGCCCGACCAGGUCAUCCGUGAAAGCGGCUGCGACGUCAUCAUCGUCGGUAGGGGUAUCUACGGCGCUCUCAUGACCGAAGAGGGCAAGGCCGACAAGAAGGCGGCGUUCGACAAGGUCAGGCAACAGGGUUCGCGGUACAAGAAGGCGGGUUGGGAGGCCUACCUCGCCCGUCUUGGUCAGAAGUAG